UUUAAAACACCAGGCUUUCUAAUAUAGAGGCUAACAAUUCAUAAAGAAGAUUUCUUUGUAAUUAAAGUUUGUCAUCGUUUGCCUUGAAAGCCGAACGAUUAUUUCGUUGAAAAACGCUUUUGUAAGCUAUUCAAUUUCUCCUUGCAAUGUCUUGCAAUUAUGCCGAAGGCCUGUCGAAGUACGAAAAUAAGGGGAUACUUGGUGUGCCGGAAAUAUUUGAUAGCCCCGAGUUGGUGGACGAAAAAUGUGAACAGCUUGCAGAUAUGAUAUUGAAUUCCAGCCACACCGUAUUUCAUACUGGUGCCGGCAUUAGCACAAGUGCUGGGAUUCCCGAUUUCCGUGGACCCAAAGGCGUUUGGACUUUGGAAGAGAAAGGCGAGAAACCAACAAUCAAUAUGGCCUUUGAGGAUGCCGUACCCACAAAGACACAUAUGGCUUUGAAGGCGCUUAUCGAUUCCGGCCAUGUCCAUUAUAUCGUGAGCCAAAACAUUGACGGUCUGCAUCUGCGGUCUGGACUGUCUAGAGAUUACCUAUCUGAACUGCACGGAAACAUGUUUGUAGAAACGUGCACCAAGUGCCGCAAAGAGUAUAUUCGAAGCACACCGGCUCCCACGGUUGGCAAAAAACGCACCGGUAACGUAUGCAUCCGAUCCGGAAACGGUCGCGCUUGUCGCGGUGGAAAUUUAAUAGACAAUGUUCUGGACUGGGAGCAUGAUCUUCCCGAGAAUGAUCUUCAAGUUGCUUUCAUGCAUUCCGCUAUGGCUGAUCUGAACGUAUGCCUCGGAACAACGCUACAAAUCGUGCCGAGUGGAGAUCUUCCAUUGAAAAAUAAAAAAUAUGGGGGAAAAUUGGUUAUUUGCAAUCUGCAACCGACGAAACACCUGACAUGAAAAUUUCCACCUUCGUUGAUGUCGUUGUCGAAAAGGUUUGCAAACGUUUGGG